AGAGAGAGAGAGAGAAAGAUGGCUACAGUCACGGCGAACGGAGUGCAGCAGGAGAAUGGCUUCAGCACCACGAACAGCUCCAGCAGAAUGAACGGACUCAGCAUUGGGCAGAGCACCAUCCCCAUGAAGGACCACGACGCCAUCAAGCUCUUCAUCGGACAAAUACCGCGCAACCUGGAGGAGAAGGACCUCAAACCGCUCUUUGAGGAAUUUGGGAAGAUAUACGAACUCACCGUGCUCAAAGACAGAUUCACAGGAAUGCAUAAAGGAUGUGCCUUUCUAACUUACUGUGCCAGGGAGUCUGCACUGAAGGCUCAGAGUGCUCUUCAUGAACAGAAGACUCUGCCUGGGAUGAACCGGCCCAUCCAGGUGAAGCCAGCAGACAGCGAAGGACGGGGAGAAGACCGGAAGCUGUUUGUAGGGAUGCUGGGGAAACAGCAGAGUGAGGACGAUGUACGCAGGCUGUUUGAAGCGUUUGGGCAGAUUGAGGAGUGCACCGUGCUCCGGGGGCCUGAUGGGGCCAGUAAGGGCUGUGCCUUUGUGAAGUUUUCCAGCCAUGCAGAAGCGCAGGCAGCCAUCAACAGCCUCCAUGGUGGACAGACCAUGCCAGGGGCAUCCUCCAGCCUGGUGGUGAAAUUUGCCGAUACAGAUAAGGAGCGGACGCUGCGCAGGAUGCACCAGAUGGCCGGCCAGCUCGGCAUCUUCAGCCCCAUGACCAUCCAGUUUGGGGCCUAUGGAGCUUACACACACGCUCAGAUGAUGCAGCAGCAGGCCGCUCUUAUGGCCGCCACACAGGGCUCAUAUCUCAACCCCAUGGCAGCCAUCGCGGCAGCCCAGAUGCAGCAAAUGGCAGCUUUCAACGUCAACGGCCUGGUGGCUGCCCCUAUGACGCCCUCUUCAGGCACCAGCACACCUCCAGGGAUCAGUGCCACAGCAGUGCCCAGCAUCGCUGCUCCGAUUGGGGUGAAUGGUUUUAGUGCCCUCCCUCCACAGAGCAACGGCCAGCCAGCCUCUGAACCCAUCUACACCAACGGAAUUCACCCUUACCCAGCACAGAGUCCAACAGUGACCGACCCUCUCCAGCAAGCAUACGCGGGUGUGCAACACUAUGCAGCAGCCUAUCCUGCCGCCUAUGCGCCAAUCAGCCAAGCGUUUCCCCAGCAACCAGCCAUCAUCCCCCAGCAACAGCGCGAAGGGCCUGAGGGCUGUAACCUGUUUAUCUAUCACCUGCCGCAGGAGUUCGGAGACGCCGAGCUCAUGCAGAUGUUUCUGCCCUUUGGCAACGUCAUCUCUGCCAAAGUAUUCGUGGACCGGGCCACCAAUCAGAGCAAGUGUUUCGGCUUUGUGAGCUUUGAUAACCCAUCUAGUGCUCAGGCUGCCAUUCAGGCCAUGAAUGGUUUUCAGAUCGGCAUGAAAAGGCUCAAGGUCCAGCUGAAGCGGCCGAAAGAUGCCAACCGCCCUUACUGAUCCACCAACAUCCACAUCCAGGAUGAAGGACUACAACACCUUAUUUCCACAAGUGCAGUAUAAGUACAAAAGACUUCUUCGCUCUGCCACAUAUCAUGAAAGAAGAGUGGUCCCUUGAUUCUGCGGGAAAAUCGCCGAGAGAUGUUUGACUGGGUGACUAAAGGAACAAGGAGGAUUUCUUUCUUGGCUAAA